CAGGAGCCGCGAAGAAGAAGAAGAGGAAGAAGAAGAGGAGGAGGAGGAGGAGGAGGAGCGACGGACGGACCGCGGGCUGUAGUUGGUCCGACGCCGCUUCGCUUCACUCGUCGACGGGGACUUUAUGUUUUUAGUUUCAUUGAUGAACCGCAGCGACUUUUAGAUAAAAGUUCACACGAAAAGUUGAGACGACACGAACCAACCAACGGGCUCGUGACGUGUUCGGAUACUAGUUUGACACAGACGAAGAAGAAGAAGAAGAAAAAGAAGAGAAGAAGAAAAAGAAGAGAAGAAGAAGACGACAAAGUUGACACCAAUGCUCGGGUCUUGAGUUGUGUCAUCACUAUGAGGCAGUGACGGCUCAGAGGGACGGUGAUGGCAGAGCUGGAGAUCGACCAGUCCAACCUUCCACGUGUCCAAGAAGCGAGUGACUUAAUCCCUGCUCCCCGACACACCGGACACACGAGGGCAGGUCGCAGAUCCAGUUAGAGGAUAGUCUCUUAAGCUCCACGACAGGUAGCGGGGCGAAGACGACACGUCCUCAGUUGGACAGGUUGUGUCCACCGAUGUAACGCAGCAUCGCCUCUGAGCGGUAUCACAUCACAAACCUUCACUGUGUAACACAAUGAAUCUCCAAACAUCCCACUUGUUCCCAUCAUCCAUCCCUGCACACACUGCCUCUGCAGCUAUGCGUCAGUGCUUCGCCGUCCUGGAGGACGGAGUGUUGGCUCACAGUCUGCAGGAGCAGGAGAUUGAACAAUAUUAUACCACCAACGUCCAGAAGAACCAGCUGGUCCAGAACGACAUCCGUGUGGCCAAGAGGCUGCAGGAUGAGGAGGACGAGGAGCGAUCGCAGCAGAGCGCCGUCGUCAGACAGGCCUCCAGACAACUAGAGGAGCAGGACUUUGAGUUUGCCCGGGUCGUCCAGGAGCAGAUCCAGCAGAGAGCGGAGGAGACUCGCAGACGAGAGCUGGACGACGAGGAAAUAGCCAAACGUCUGCAGGAGGAGGAGGAGAAGAGGAUCAGGGGGAGGAGCCGAGUGCAGGACGGCGAUAGUGAAGGCAGCGCCGGCGGUUCCGCUCUGCCAUCCCCACGCCAGCACCAGAGCUCCUGUCCCACCACCAGGUGGCAGUAUUCUACUUCUCACAGCUGGUCAGAUCUAACUGGGACAGGGAGCGUCUCCGCCGGCGGACCAGCAGCUCAGAGGAGAACAACUUCACGGUGGAAUCAAAGACGCACAGAUUCCAUUAGGGAAAUCAGGGAAGAGCCGAGCGAGUCUCUAAGCUCGGACUCACAGGACUCGGACACAGUUUUCUCUGAACAACAGAAUAAAAGAGUGAACACGGCUCCUCCUCCUCAGCGGAGGGUCUCUCUGCGUCAUCCAUCAGAGAGAAGCUACAGAAGUCUUUUCUCUCGCAGCAGCAGCUUGAAUCAGGAGAGAGGAGAAUGGGAUGAGGGCUAUAUUUAUUAUGACAAUGAAGGUUAUGACGGAGAGAAGAGGAGACACAGGAAUCAGGAUCAGGACGGGAGUCGCAGAGAGGAGAGCGAGGGUCGGUGCGGCAGCAGAGACUCCAGGUCGUCGGAGGUGAGAGAGAGGCGAUGUAGUCGCAGUGAGUCCGUCAGGUCACAUGAUCGCAGCAGAGACUUAGCGAGGACCUGGAGCAACAGGGACAACCCCGACAAACAUGUCCGUUUUCAGGAGGACGCCAGGAGGUCAAACAGCAGCCGGGUGUGGGAGAUGCUGGGUCAGGUCCUGAGGGAGAGGGGUGUGCCCGUAACGCUCGGGGGCGGCGGGGCGCCGCUGCAAAUAAGGCCUCAGAGCAGAGAGAGCCAGGUGCUUCAUGGGAGCGAGGAGUCACAUCAGAGGGUCUUCCACAGGGCCGUCGCCACCAGGCACAGUUUCCAUGGAGACAUCCGGAAGAGGAGGAGGUCGUCACGCCGAGAGAACAGUGGGAGAGAUCAGAGGGACGACGGAAAUGGGCACUGUGAUGACGAUGAUGAAGAAGAGGUUUAUGAGAUUAAUCGCAGAGAGUCGUAUCUUGCAAAUGGAGACGGGCGAGGAGGUAGACGAUGGAGAGACGAGGAUGUGAGGGAGAGCAGGGCUCAGGGUCACAGGGUCAAGAGGUCGACGAGUGAACGCCGGCCUCGGCACAAGAGCGUCGAGCAAAGGUCGAGCUCAGAGGAGGAGCGGCAGGAGGCGGAGAGGCGAGCAGAGUGGCCCCCGCGAAGAGCAGCGCAGCGCAGCCAGAGUCUGAGCAGCAGCAGCAGCAGGUCCGGACACGUGGCAGCAGGAGUGUCGUUGCAACCCGACCCGCGCCAGUCGAGCCUGGACCUCGGGGAGCUGACGCAGGUCCUGCAGGAUGAAGAACUCGCCCGCAAGCUGCAAGACGAGGAGGAAAUGCUGCUGAGGAGCAACUCCAGACCCCCUCCUCCUCCUCCUCGCAGUUUCUACCCAGAGGGCGACUUCAGAGUCGCACAAGUGGCGCAGGACGAGGAGAUUGCACGUUUCAUGCAGAAGCAGGAAAUCAAGUCGAAGCGCCGCUCUCGAGAGCUGGAGGGGCCGUCGUCGUGGCGAGAGCACCGAGAGAUGAUCGGUCACCACGACCGACGAGCAGCAAGAGACCGACAGGUCCAACGAGAGCGACUGGACUCUGAGGGGCUUCCCUCCCCCACUGAGGACUGCUGCCCCGAGAACCUGCCUCCCAGUCCCGUCUCCACUUUACCACCAGCGCAGCACAUCAGGAACAUCGCGGAGGAGCUGGACCCGACCUUCCAGGCCCGGAGGCAGGACACGGAGCGCCGCCACCAAGUGGAACAAACAGGUCCGGCCUGCCAGUCGCUUGCCGGGUCACACGCCGGUUUAAAUGACUUCCUGGUGGAGCCGACCUUCAUCCCGCCAACGAAGCGCCAGGCAGAGAAACCUGCUGGCACCAAACCAAAAGAGAAGAAGGAAAACUGCAAGCAACAAUAAAUGUCCUGACGAGUACAAAAUAUAUUUUAUAGCCCUAAAUAUCAGUUGAGCGACCUUGACAGGCUCCGCCCCCAUCAGCACUUUAGAUGACGUAAGAGAAGUUACGUGUCGUCAUAUUUUCUGUACACGUGUUCAAAGAUUGUUCUUGAUUUAUUUCGACAUGUUUCUACACUGAGAGGAAACAACCAUCAGUUUAGUUUUGUCUACACGUACAGUCAUUCUGACGCUGGUGCUAAUAUUUCAGCCGCUGCCCCGACAAAAGCAACAUUUGACUUUUCCAAGAAGAGAAAAACAGAAGUUCCUGCGACGACCUUUGAACCCGAGUGACGUGUCCGUCCACAUGUGGAGUUUCUGACUCUGACUCAUUGUCACGUUUACAGCACAAUGACAAUCCAAUGGAUUUAUUUAAAUGAAUAUCAGGUUUUGCAGAAGAAAAAAUAAAUAAUCAGUUUAUGUGUCA